CGCACGCGUGUUCUGCAGCGUAGCCGCGUAGGCUUGAUCGCGAGACUAGGAUAGGAUCCGGUGUGUGUAACUGUGUGACUGUGAUUAAUGUCCUCAAAAUGACCACUUUAUUUAACCGUGCAGCGUGCGAAUUUUAAACCAUGUUACGAGUGGUAAACCUUGAAUGUCUUUGAAAUCGUUCUACAGGUCUAAAUUGUAAAAAAAAAAUGUAUUAGGUCGAGUAUAUUAAUUACACACGUUAAUCGAGAACGUGAUCGAGUUCUACAUUUUGCUACACCGAGCACGAGUUUGAAUUAAUCGAAUUACAUUGUGAUACGAUGGCUUCGUCGAGUAGAAUGAAGAAAAUACUUAUCACCGGAUUUUCAAUCGCUGCUGGUGCUGCAGCUACUGCGCAUUUUGUUGGAGGAGAAAAAUUGAAUGGAAUCGUAUUCGCAGCUAGUCCAGUCAAAGCGGAGCGUCCUAAACGCCAUUUACCUCCCAGAGAUCAUCAAAUAAAAUCCUUACAAACAGAAGCCUUCGACGUAUUAAUUAUCGGAGGAGGUGCAACAGGAGCUGGUUGUGCUCUAGAUGCUACGACUAGAGGAUUAAAAACUGCUCUAGUCGAAGCCGAUGAUUUCGCUUCAGGAACCAGUAGUCGGAGCACAAAGCUAAUCCACGGCGGUGUUCGAUAUUUACAAAAAGCAAUUAUGAAUUUAGAUUACGAACAGUAUAAAAUGGUGAAAGAAGCUUUACAUGAAAGAUCCACCAUGUUGGCAAUUGCCCCUCAUUUGACUCACCCAUUACCUAUCAUGUUACCCGUUUAUCAGUGGUGGUUAGUUCCUUACUAUUGGAUUGGUAUCAAAGCUUACGAUCUAGUUGCUGGUUCAAAAACUGUAAAAAGCUCGUAUUAUUUAUCGAAGAAAAGCGCUUUAGAAUUGUUCCCCAUGUUGAGAGAUGAUAAGCUAUGCGGUGCUAUUGUUUAUUACGAUGGACAACAAGACGACGCUCGUAUGUGCUUAGCUAUCGCAAUGACAGCCACCAGAUACGGUGCAACUGUUGCCAAUCACGUCAAGGUGGAACGAUUAUUGAAAGACGAAAAUGGUAAAAUUUACGGUGUCCAUGUGAAAGAGCAGAUCACCGGAAAAGAAUGGGAUGUGAAAGCGAAAUGCGUUAUAAACGCUACUGGCCCAUUCACAGAUUCUAUUCGUCAAAUGGAUAAUCCCACCACGAAUAAGAUAUGUUGUCCGAGCUCUGGAGUGCAUAUCGUAUUACCUGGAUAUUACAGUCCGGAACAAAUGGGUUUGUUGGAUCCAUCGACCUCUGAUGGCAGAGUUAUUUUCUUUUUACCUUGGCAAAAGCAAACGAUCGCCGGAACGACAGAUUUACCUUGCGAUGUGACCCAUCAUCCGAAACCGACCGAAGACGAAAUUCAAUUCAUUCUACACGAGGUGAAAAAUUAUUUGAAUCCAGAUGUCGAAGUUCGUAGAGGUGACGUAUUAUCCGCCUGGAGUGGUAUCCGGCCCCUGGUCUCGGACCCUAAUAAAGAAGAUACCCAGUCUUUAGCUCGUAAUCACAUCGUACACGUGAGUGAUUCAAAUCUGAUCACUAUCGCUGGCGGUAAAUGGACCACUUACCGAGCUAUGGCUGCUGAAACUAUCGACGCAGCUUUACAAGCUGUUCCUUCUCUGCAACCGAAAAUGGAAGAAUGUCAAACGGACGGAUUACUUAUCGAAGGCGCUCACGGAUGGACUCCAACUAUGUACAUUCGUCUAGUACAAGAUUUCGGUUUGGAAUGCGAAGUAGCCCAACAUUUAGCUACGUCUUAUGGCGAUCGUGCUUUCGCAGUAGCCAAACUCGCUUCGUUGACUGGUAAAAGAUGGCCAAUUAUUGGUAAAAAAGUUCACCCCGAGUUUCCGUACAUUGAUGCUGAGAUUCGUUACGGAGUUCGUGAAUAUGCCCUUACAGCCAUCGAUAUGAUCGCUAGACGUUUAAGAUUAGCUUUUUUGAAUGUACAAGCUGCCCAAGAAGCGUUACCCGGUAUUAUUGAUAUAAUGGCAGAAGAAUUGAAUUGGGGGAAAGAUGAAAAACAGAAACAAUACAAAGCCGCUAGUGAUUUCUUAGCUAAUGAAAUGGGUCAAACUGUGAAUCGUGCUUCCAAAGACAAAAUUCCUAUCAAUUUAACCAAGGAUGAAAUUCAAUUAUAUAUUAAACGUUUCCAAAUUAUUGACAAAGAUAACAAAGGAUACGUUUCGAUAAAUGAUAUUCGUCGUGGACUCAAGGAGUUGAAACUGCAGCUCAACGAAGACACGUUAAAAAUGUUUUUUGACGAAGUAAACCACGUGUAUUUUGGAUCUUUGACAUUACCCGAUUUUCUUCAGAACUUUGGCGAAGAAGUACGCGGUGAUGAAUUGCACGACAUUUUACGAGAAAUAGAUACAAAUAUGAAUGGUCAAGUUGAACUGGAUGAAUAUUUACAGAUGAUGUCGGCGAUUAAAUCUGGACACGUUACUUACUCGCGAUUUGCAAAAAUGGCUGAAAUGGAAGAAGAAAAACACGAGCAAGAUAAACUCAAAAAGAAAAUCACAGUGGAACGAAGCGGUGGUGGAGUUUAAACAAAAACAUUUGCCGGAAAACCUCCCCCUCUCCUUCAAUUAUUACCAUUUCACGUUUUACAUUUUUCAUUAUUUUUCAUCAUUUUCAUCGAACGAAUUUUAUUUUUGAAUGUCACCGCAUCUAACAAUAUGAAAUAUUGAACAAAACCUUCUUUGAAUUUGUUUUAUAUUAUUUCUAUACGUAUUAAACGUGUAAUUUUGUGUUGUAAGUGUUAAGUUGUUAAUAUAUCGUGUAAUUUAUGUAUGAAAUGUUUCGCAUUUUCCCUUCCCUGAAUGAAAAUUAAUUCGAACGAAUUAGUAAAAUCGAAAAUCAAAAUUUUGAUACAGAUAUGAUACCUACUUAUUAUCGUUCAUCUACUUACCUGCGACGAAUGAAUCCAAGUUUUGAAAUUUUGAUACGUCGAGUUGAUGCACUCAUCGUGGAAGCAAAUUUGCGUUUUGUAUCGAAGUCAAUUUUCCUGGCGACCAAUGACCAAAAACGGUAACAUUUGACACUUGGAGAAAAUACGACGUAUCUGUGUCCGAAAAUUAGCGCGUAGGUCUAGUAUUCUAUCCCCCUUUUCUAGUCUUCAGUUACCAGCGUUUGAAAAAAUGUUGAGAUGUAUUUACUAUAAUAAAAUUACUAUUUAUUUUCAGAUAA